UUUAAGGUCACAUUAAAUCCGAAAACCCUUACCUGUUUCGGAAACUCAGUGUUUUCAAAAUGGCGGACAGCCACCCUCAAAAUAUUUUGUUUUUGUGAAUUAUUCUUUCUUUAUAUGCAGUCUAUGUCAAUUUAGGAUUUGAAAAGAAGUUCAGUUGAUGCGGUGCUAUUGUAAGAACUACCAGAAUCUUAUAAACCGAAGUUGGUUUCCCAUACUUGCAUACUAUUACAAAGAAAAUGGCGCAAGAGAGAGUGACCAUAACUGGUGAUAUCAUUGAUGAUUUCAAGAGUGAGGGAGAUCCCUCAGAACCUGCGAGAGAAAACAUGCUGGUGGGCAUGAUCGAGUCAACAUCUGAACUGGUGGAGGAAUCAUGUAUUGUGGAUGGACGCUUCAAAGAAGUUAUUCGGGAGAAGGGCAGUCUGAUGAGUCAGACAUGGACAGAUCUAUUUUCACUAAUGAAUCAGUAUGAAGCUGAAUUAGUAAAUAAAAGUGGUGAAAUAGACAUCAGGGAGGCUAAACUAAAAAGUGAAGAAAGUAGACUAAAUCUGAGUGCGCUGAAAUCUUCAGAACCUUCACCAGUGAUAGCGGUGCUACAGCAGGACAAUGUUGAAAAAGACGAAAAAAUCAUGACUUACAUGGGAGAGAUAAACAGUUUAGAAAAAGAGCUAGCUGAAUUAAGAAAAGAAUUGCAGUUAAAAGACUUCCAUAUACAAACAAUUGAAAAGGAGUUGGCAAGCAAGGAUGUAGAUAUUAGCGGUCAUGAACAACGAAUCAAAGUGCUUGAUCGACGAAUUUUGGAUCUUUCAGCAGAAAUCAAGAACAAAGACUUUGUUAUUAGUCAGGUGUCGAAACAAGUUCGUUCCAUGGCGACACCUGGUGGAAAAUCAUGCUCAAGGCAGUCGAGAAAACGACCAAUUCUGGUGACGUCUGGUUCUGCUAAAGUAUUGAGAACAGGAGAUGACUCGGCAUCGGCCAUUUCUCUCCGAGCCUCUCCCAGACAAAGCUCUUCAUCACAAAAAAAUGACAAUUCCCGAUCGUCCCCUGAAGAUAGUGCUGAAGAUGACCCUAAAGACACAGAUUAUAUAUUAGAAGGUGGUGCUGAAUCAGUCGAUGACGAUUUUGACAAUCCUGAACCAGAACCAUCGACGAGUGAUGAUCUCGUUAAAGUGAAAACGGAACCAACAGAGGAGUCUGGCUUUGAAGUUUCUAUGGCGAAAUACCACCGAGGAGCUGAGUCUGAUUAUCCCACCAUGCCAUUGCCAUAUCCAGUCGCUGUCAGUCACACUCUUUCCGGCUCACCGGUAGUCUAUCCUAAGGACUCCAAGAAAACAAUGACAAUCGUCCACCACAAGACAGACCUUAACAGUUCCCCAACCAUGACACCCUUUUCUCAGCAGACUCUGAACACCUGCAACCCGCCUAAGUAUAACAUCAUCCCGAACCAACAGUGCAUAACAUCAACCGGGGUCCAUACCCUGGAGCGAUUACCGCCGACGAAACGGCGUAAAUAUUCGCAAAAACGUUGCCGUGUCUGCUACAGGCAAGGGAGGAGACGGGAAACGACCAUGUACUGUCCGACUUGUCCAUCUAAUCCUGGUCUAUGUGCUGGUUCUUGUUUUGAGAUAUAUCAUACGCUAAGUCCAGCUGAGUAUGAGGCCAAACCAAGCUUCUUGACACCAGAAGAUGAAGCCAAGUCGAGUGCGCUCUUAGUGGAGCACUCGCAUUCCCUCCUGGAAGAAAUUUAUGGCAUAAAGACGGAAAGUCUAGAUUCCACAUUCAAUGAAAGUGUCUCGGGUGACAUGGACUUGUCAGUGAAGGGUAGUCCAACUAUGAAUUUAGAGACAGAAUGAUUUUGCUUGGACAGUACAACAAUAAAAGUGUUGUAAACCCAAAGUAAUGGUCAAAUGAUAGUCUUGCUGCACGCUGCACCAUGAGAAACACUGUUGGUGGUAGUCUUAGAAGGUUCUAUUUUGUCAAAGAAUUGUCAAAACACAGGAAAUGUCUCAAAGGCCAGAUCAAGGUUGUUUUGACAUUAUUUUUGUGAUUUAGUCUAUGCAAUGAAUUGUACAAUUUAUGCUAAUAAAAGCUCUCGGUAUGUGUAGGUGGGGGGGGGGGGGUAACGGGUAAUGCAUCAUCUGCUUCAUAGAUCAAGCUCAAGUAGGAUUUAAGAUUCACUGUCAGUGGUUAUGGUUAAUGAGAGAAUUUGAGAACUUGAGAAUGGAUCAAGUUUUGAUUGAUUGUCACAAUUUUACAGAUUUUUGUAAUAUUGCUUGAAUGAUAAGUUUGUUUUAUGAGAUUCUUAGUAAAUGCAAAUGUGUUGGAGUUCAAAUUAAUGCAUUUCAUGAAAUGAUAUAUUUAGCUAAAAAGUAGAUGGUGAAAUAUAAGGACUUCAACUAAGUUCAAUUGCAAUUGACGGUGCCUCAGUUUAAUGUUGUAUAAAUAAGAAAUAUAUCAAGAAAUUGAUUGAGAUAUUGAAAAUGGUACUAGGUAAUAUUAUUAAUGGGAGCAUGGCGUUUUUUGCCGCUUUGUUUCAGACAUUAUCAGUCGUUUUGCUUGAAUGCGCUGUGAUGAUGAAUUGUAUGACACAGUCAUUGUAAUCAGAUUAUUGUGUUCUAGUUCAAGUCGAUGCAUUUUCCGUUUCCUCAGAUGAGAUCAUCUCCUCAGUACAGCCAAUCGGCUCCCAUCGUCAUACGAUUCAUUCAAAAAUCCUGUCGAAUUCACGUAUUAAUUUACAUCAAUUGUGUUAGCUGUGCUAUGUAAAUGACCUACCAACGAAAGGUGUUCAGUUCCUUUGGAUCACAGUGUUGUCAUCAGCCAUUUUAGGCCCAUGCAACCGGUGCCGUUUACUGUUAAAUUUUCUUAUCUUGCAUUGUAAGAAAUUUGACCUGAAAUAAUGAUGAAAUCCAUGUUGUAAUGGUAUUCUGAAUGGAAUAAAAAUGAUUUUUACUCUAUUUCA